UCUUUUCAAAGAAAUUCCUCCCAAACUAGCUGCGAUGAAUAUCUUCCCUCACGCUUCAGCCGGUUAUAACCGUGGGGGAUCCCCAACCAUACCAAAGGCCAAGAUGAGCGCUUCUAAACAGGGGGCUAAUAAUCCUAUGCACGGUCGUGCCUCACAUAAUGCAAAGGCUGUUUACUUGCUUUCUAAGCAAGUUACAUUAGGGGUUACCCUUGCUAACUUAGCACUUAGCCUUGUCCUUUGGGGGGAAUUUGACGGCAAUUCGGGGGAGUAUCAGUUUGUGCAGGAAUUGAGUUAUGUAACGGAGUGGCAGAUUAAAUUAGGGGUCGAUGGUCUCUCACUCUUGUUCGUAAUACUUACUUGCUUUAUCAUCCCUUGUUCUAUUCUAGCUUCUUGGACUUUACCCACUCCAAGAACUUACCACGAUUUAUUGCAAUCUUGGCCCCUGAUCGAAGUCGUAUGGGUCCGUUUGAGGGCUAUCUUAAGCAUUUAUAUGGCAGCAGGGACUACUGAUUAUCUGCUGCUAACUACUGGUGAGUUCACCUCUUCUGUUCAAUAUGCUCUCUGGUUAGGUGUUUUCCUAGCUUUAGCAAUAAAAUCCCCUAUCAUCCCUCUUCACAUUUGGCUGCCUCUCGCUCACAGUGAAGCUCCCUUAGCUGGGUCCAUUUUAUUAGCAGGGAUAGUCUUAAAAAUGGCUACUUACGGCUUCUUGCGUAUCUUGGUCACUCUCCUUCCAGAGGCCUCUGAGUUCUUCACUCCUUUAGUUUACACUCUAUGUCUUAUCAGUAUUCUUUACUCUUGUUUAAGUACACUUCGACAAAGCAACUUAAAAAGUAUCAUUGCUUACAGUAGUAUAGGACACAUGGCUAUUGCUAUAUUGGGGCUUUUCUCUAAUACAACAUUAGGCAUCGAAGGUGGCCUUUUACUUGGUUUUGCCCACGGGCUAGUAAGCCCUGCUCUGUUUGUUUGCGUUGGUAUAAUUUAUGAACGCUGGCACACAUUAAUUAUCCUUACCGUUGACUGCCAACUUUCUAGGGGAGUUCUUAUCUUUAACUGGGGGCUUUAA